AUGGCGUGGAAAGGAAAGCGGCAGAGCUCGGGACGCUUGCGCAGGGGAAUGUCUCUUGAUCCUGCGGCUGCUCUGGUUGCUGGGGAGAAAAAGCCUUUUAGCGGAGGGGACUUCUUGAAAAUUCCAGCAGCCUCUGCCGAGUCAAGAGCAGUAAAAAUACAACAAACGAGCGACGAAGAAAGCAGGAGAGGCUCCAGCCUAGGCGCUCCGCGGCAUGCACGAGCAGCAAGGCUGCACGCUGUUGGGGGUUCGUAUUACAGCGGUCCUGCAGUAUUAUGGCUGGGGCUGUACCGACAUCCAGGACACUUUUCACUGCAAGCCAGAAAACUCAGAAAUGCUCUGCUUAUCAGGCUCUCUCCUUCGACCGACCCUAAGGAUUCGGCUCAACACUUCAAAUACCGAAGCCUUCCCACUGUCUGCACGCCACGGGGGGCCCCUCGGAAGGCAUCGGGAGCCAGGGAGGCCCCCUACGAAAAGGGAAGGACAAGAGACGCGAAUGCAGCAACCCCUACCCCAGCACCAACAGCGGCAGAGAUAGUGCACCUACAGCCUGAAGCUGUAUCGCUGACUGCCUCAGGGGGAGGCUAUACGCAGCAGCUUUCCGCUGCAGUGUAUGCCUUGAAUGCCGCGUUGCAGCCAAGGGCCCACCAGCACGAGCUUAAAAGAGUCUUGCUUCAAGCGGUAAAGGGCAGCGACGUAGACUCUUGCUUGGUCCUUCCUGGCGUAACACAGAAGGCGGAGCAGCUCGCAAGGCUUCGCGUGGUAAAAUAUCUGGUAGAGCUCUACGCCUUCGGAUCCGCAGAAGUGAUCCCUGCCCAAGUACCAAUUGCAAAGGUCGUAGGAACCGAUGGCUUAGGCCUGCUGGACGUUUCGAUUUGCAACUCUGCUGCGCUCGCGAAUUCCGCCUUCGUGAGGGUAUUUGGAGAACUUGAUCCCCGCGUCUUGCAGCUUGGUCGCGUGCUGAAGCAUUGGGCAGCCUCUCGAGGAAUCAACAACAGGAGCAUCGAGCUUUAUGACGCGCGGUACGAGAGUCCUGAAGCCGCCGCAGCUGCAGCUGCAGAGACUCCCGACGCCUCUGAAGAAGCCAUGUUUACGCAGGGCAGUGAAGCGGUCUCUGCAGGGAAGAGCAAGCCUUCUGGGGCUUUCUUCGGAGGAGAUACACUGCGCCCGCUGCCAUUCAUGUCGGACUGCACGUAUGUUUCUGUGGCGUUAAUAGUAGGAAUUUGUGGCAACAAGACGAGGGAGGCUGCGGUUCCUGCCUCCUGGUCAAAAACACCAUGCCAAGGUCCCUUGCUUGCCUCGAUUUGCUGGUACGUAUGCUUCUUUUGCAGCCAAAUCCGUAAGGAGGUCAUGAAGAACUUCGCGGUGAACACGGAGACAGUGGGAGAGCUUUUGCGUGGCUUUUUUAACUUUUACGGAUCCGCAUUGCCGGCACUCAGCACCGAGGCCCCCGUAACGGUAGACUGCUAUGACGCCUCCCUCCACGUCGGCACGACAGACACCGCCCCCUUAGACCCCCGGGCUUUGCACGGGGAGCAGCCUGCGCGCGCAUGCGCCGCACGGAACGAACAGGCGGAGGGCACGCCACCCGGAGUUACCAUGCAGACACCUGGGUGGCAGCCUGCGGCCAAGUGGGGUGUCUGGGGCCUUCCCCGCAGCGCGGCUCUUGCCCAAAUCCGUUCCUGCAGCCCCCCCAUCAGCACAAGCCAAGAAGGCGGCAGCAGCAGUUGUCGCCCUCCCUCUGUGUUGAUGGUGCGAUGUCCUCUCACGAGAUGCAUCGUAAAUCGCUUCAGCCGUGCCGCCUGGGCAGCCAUCGCGGCUGAAUUUACCCGUGCCGAGCGCCUGAUGCAGCAGCAACAGCCGCUCACUGCCCUGUGUGCCCCCCUAACGGCCUCCCAUCGCGAGCGCAACAAGACCGACGUCCUACGCUACAGACGACUCGCGGUGGCCCUUGCUCGCAGUCAGUUCCUUUUGCCACCCCCUGCGGCAGCAGGUGCUGCAGCUGCAACGACAGCCUCUGCUGCAGCACUAGAAGUUUCUCAAUGUAGGAAUACCUGCGUUUGCUGCUUGCGCCGCAAAAUACUGUGCAAGGCUGGUUCACUUACCGGCACACCACAACGCGGGUGGGAAACGGCGCUGCACAAUGAAUCAGCAGCUUCUGCAGCUUUUAUUGCAACUCAAGGCGCUAAGCAGAGAGUUUCAAGGAGUGACCUUAAGUGCGCUGCGCAGUUUCUCAUCCGCUACGUAGGCGGGUGUCUGGCGGCCCCUUUUCACUGUCCGAGGCUGCAUAAACUGCGGCAGCUAGCUCCGCUGCAACACAGAAAUUCUCCAAGUACGCAGAAAUAA